AUGGUGGGCAGCCUUUGGGACUGUCCCUGGGUGCAGGUUGCCCAGGCUAUUGCGGCUGCUACCGGCCAGACAGUCAUGGCCCGCACGAUGGGAAGCGUACAGGCCAAUCAGCCUCUUGUAUCUCUCAUUGCCUUCCCCGCGACGCCAUCAGGUCUCAGUGGACCCUCCCCCACGGGGCAGUGGACGCAUGUCGUCCGUGAGCCGUAUCUUCUUGUAGGGAACCAGGAAGCUUGGCUGGGAAAUGAAGGGCCUCGGCUAGGCAUUCUACGACUCACGGCUAUCUCAUGGGCCGUGGCCAAUUCUCGCUACAGCAUUUCUCCUCCUACUCUCGUUAUGCCACAAGGAGCAAGAUCAGGAUCGCGCCGCUUCUGUCGGCUGUUAAGGUUCGCCUUGCGAGCACAUGUCCUUUAUCAAGACGUUCUUGCUCACCACAUCCGGAUUGAUGAUUUUUCCCUCUUCACCUUGAACCCCAUCAUUCUCGCUCCAAGUCAGCAUGGCAGAGUCCUCUGCACCAUAUUCAUUGACUGA